AUGACGCCUGGUAUUGUUUUCAUUCCUAGUUCCAGUACUCUAGUUCAAGGAAUAAAUAGAGGUGGAGCUCUUCUAUUCCGAGAAUCAUCAGCAGUUCCUGCCACUGCACCUUCGAGAAGCCUCCUGGUGGAACUCUACAAGAGAUGGUUUCAAAUAUCCAGUCUGAUUCGAUUCAGUGUCAGCGGAAACAUAGGGGUCGUUUGUUUCUACAUCAUUGAACGCAUGUUAUACGCUCAGCUGUGUCAAAUUGAUGGCCUUCCAGACAUACUGGAAGAGUACAAAGACAGUGUCUCCUACUUUUUCGGGUACCUCCUGCAGAUUUUCACGCAGCAUUUGCUCAAUGCUACAUUGGUUUAUGGUCUCGAUACCAUUGAUACUCGAGAGAAGUAUCUCAAGACUCUUAUCGGACAGUUUUCGGUCUACGGAUUUAGUCUAUUUGGAUCCACCAUUCUGAAUUUGGCACUAUUACGAUAUGGAAUCGACCGGAAUACAUCUUUCUUCACCACGAUGAUUCUAUUUGCCAUUGUCAAUUACUUUCUUAUCCAAUGGGUUGUCCAAAGAGCGACUGCUGCAGCUUACGAAAAAGACAUGGCCGCGCGAAAAAAGGGCUACACUCUGCUCCCAAACAACAACAACAAGAAUGCGCGAAACAAAAGGACGGUAUUGCAACGAGUGAGCCGCGGAGGUGCAACCGAAUCAAGGUCUUGGUUCGGAAGAAUCUUUAGACGACAAAGACGAGAGUACAAUUCAGGGGAAGAAGUGGACCGGGACGAGGUCAAUGAGAGUUGUGUGGCGUUUGUUCGGCAAUAUAGAUAA